GGAUCUUGGAUAAAAAUGGCUGACGACUUUAAAAUAGCAAAGCCCAUUGAAUUCUAUAAGAAGUUUCUGGAGAAAGAUGUGCGACCAGAUGGCAGGGAACUUGGAGAGUUCAGGCGAACAGUACUUAACAUAGGUUGUGUUACAACUGCUGAGGGCUCUGCUCUUGUCAAGCUUGGAAAUACAACAAUUAUGUGUGGAAUCAAGGCAGAACUAGCUGCGCCAAAGCCUGCUGAGCCAGAUAGAGGAUUCAUUGUACCUAAUGUACAGCUGACACCUCUCUGUUCUCCACACUUCAGGCCAGGACCUCCCAGCGAACAAGCCCAAGUUAUGAGUCAGUUUGUUGCAGAAGUCAUCAAAAAUUCUGGAUGUGUUGACUGUCAGAACUUGUGUGUGGUGCCUGGAAAGCUGGUAUGGGUUCUGCACUGCGACCUGAUGUGUUUGGACUAUGAUGGAAACAUCUUUGACACUGCCAUGUUGGCACUACUAGCAGCAUUCAGAAAUACUCAUUUGCCUUUGGUCGAGGAGAAGGAUGAAGUUCCUGAGGUUAACAUGGAUAAGAUAUCACCGUUAGUUGUCUCUUCACAUCCUGUGUCAUGUACAUUCUCAAUAUUUGAUGAUCGUAUCCUGUUUGUGGACCCCACGGUGGAGGAAGAGGGCCUGUCUACUGGCAUGGUUACCAUAGUAACAGUAGGCGACAAACUCUGCAUGGUACACAAACCAGGUGGAAGUCCCCUCAAGUCAGAACAGCUGUUGACAUGUUUUGAGCGAGCCUUUGAAAGAAGCAAGGAAGUUUUGAGACUCAUAGAAGAGACAAUUCUUAGUGUAGAAAGGUGACACGUGUAAAUAAAGGUUUAUAAUAAAUAA